CUUACAUCAUCGUGUACUAUGGCGUCCUCGCCAGAAGUUCCCUGUUGCAAGCGCUCACAUUGUUUCUGAUCGUCUCGAUAGUAGAACUCCAGCAUCGAUCACAGCCCCUUAGGUAAUCUCUUCCGUGAGACCACAUAUAGUUGUUUCAACGUCCGUCUGCAACAGACUAACUUAUUGACCAUUUUCAACGUUCGUCCCCUCCAACAGAUUAGCUCUGCAAGAUGCCCACUAUUGCUGCCCCAGAGAAGAUCCUCGUGACCGGUGCUAAUGGGUACCUCGGCGUGUGGGUUAGCAAGCUUCUCCUUGAACGCGGGUACUUGGUGCGUGGCGUCGUGCGCACCAAGGAGAAGGGAAACGCAUUCGUGAAGAUAUUCGAGGAGAAGCUCCCCACACACGUCAAAAACAUUGAGUAUGUGUUGGUUCCGGACAUAAGUGCUGAGCACGCAUUCGAUGACGCAGUCAAGGGUGUGACUGGCAUCGUACACAUCGCGUCGCCCCUGACAAACCUCGUCCAGGACGUUGACUUCCUUAUAAGACCCGCGGUGGAAGGUACACUCGGGGUGUUGAAGAGCGCCCUCGCACAUGGAACAGACUUAAAACGUGUAGUCAUCACGUCGUCGGUCCGCGCGGUCGUGCAAGCUGAAGCGCGCACAUAUACUGAGGACAACUGGGCGGAGGACGCCGUCAAGAUUGUGGAGGAGAAGAAGAACGAGGCGAACGGGAUGUACAUCUACGGCGCGAGCAAGGUUCUAGCAGAGAAAGCGGCUUGGAAUUUCUACGAAAAGCACAAGAGCGAGAUUGUCUGGGACAUUGUUACGAUACCCUUGGCCUGGGUGAUCGGGCCGACAGUGGAGGAUCCCCCAUCACUGGAAAAUAUCCCUUCUACCGCAGGUUUAUUCUAUUUGAUGUUAGUCAGUAAUCCCAUGUGGGACGCUAUGAAUGCGUCUGGCAUCAACUAUGUCGACCCUCGCGACGCAGCUGAGGCCCACAUCAAAGCGCUCGAGGUCGAGGCAGCUGGUGGGGAGCGGAUCAUUGUGUCAUCCCAUUGGUGCACAUGGCAAGACUGGCGCAACAAAGCCGCCGAAUAUGGUUACUUCCCGAAGUUGGACAAGGGUGACCCGAAGCGGGGCGCGGACCUGCCAAGACGAAUUUGCUCCAAUGAGAAGGCGAAGCACAUCUUGGGGAUCCAGUUUAGGGUCCUGCCAGACACGCUGAAGGAUACACUUGACUACUACAAGACAAGGGGUUGGCUGGCUGAAUACGAGGCUUAGGCGCCACGGCAACGCGAUGUCCUGUCCAGUUACCCGUGUAAAAGAAAGUAGAUUGAUACGUAAGAUAUGCCCUGGGAUACAUGGGAUACGUGAUGAACAGACCACCUAGAGAGGAGUU